AGUGGCACAAAUGCUGGCUGCAACGCUGCAUGUACUCUUGGUGUGUUGUCUGACAAUGAGCGGUGUUGGUGAUAAACUAAUUUUUUAAUUAUUCCCUUGUCAACGGCAGUGGAGAAAGAUACAAAAGGAUUAUUAAUGAAUGUACGUAACAGUGAGUGCGAUUGGGGUGUUUUAUGUGGGGCUAAUAAGCUGCAACUAUGUUUAAUGUACCGCCAAAAUUUUACGAGCUGUGUCGCCUUUGUUUAUCGUCGGACGGUGUAAAAUUAUCCAUUUUUGACGAAGAGGGCACGCAGCGUAACUUCGCUGACAAGAUACUUACGUGCCUGUCGAUAGCGGUGAAUGAUGGAGAUUCUCUUCCACCAAUAAUAUGCCACCGCUGUGUGUACAAGCUAGAUGUACUUCAUAACUUCCGUGAGGUAUCUCGCAAGUCUGAUGUCAUCCUGAAACAGUAUCUGGAUUAUGCCAUGCAACUGUCUAACGGAGACCAGGACAACAAAUCUUUCUCCACUGCCAAAGUAGCCGACUUAAGUCCGCUCCAGUCGUUUCUUCAAUUAAACAAAACGCUUUUCAAUGAGAAGCCCAAUUCUCCAGCCAGUAUUCAAAAUGUAUCGCCGUCAACGCAGACCCAUCACUUAGAAUUACGCACGAAGGAGAUGCCGGAGCAAGACGCGAUAAAGUGUGAACCCGAGGAUGAUACAUGCUCAAACAGUUCAGACCCAGAGAGAUUGGAGAUCGAAGAUCGUGAUCCUGAAUCUGAUGGGGAAGAAAAUGGCUAUGACAUGACUGUUAGUAAGAGGGUCAAAUUAGACACUGGAUACGAAAGUUCUAAACAAAGUACACCCAAUCGAAGUCCUGUUAAUAGGAUGGAUACUCCAGAAAGUAACUGUUCUGACACACACAUCGAUCAAGAGACAACAAAACUUUGGCAGGCGCUUGCAAAUAACAGAAGUUUGGAAAUAACAAGGACAAAUGGUGAUAAGUUGAACAACGGAUUUAGUGGUGAAGCAACUAAUUUGUUGCGCUCUCUAAUCAACAAUAGGCAGAUCGGUAUCACAGCCAUUGAUACCGGCAGAACGUCUCCGCAGAUACGAUUCUACCGGGAUACCCAGGGUACAACAAUUGAGCGAACAAUGCCAGAUUGCUCUGUGCUUGGUAAUCGCACGAAUAUGUCAUGUAUAGAUAACAAGAGUACUUCCAUGGAUAGUAAUCCUUCCAGUCCUGCUAGUGUGGGAAAGAAAGAGACAAAGGGUAGACGGAAACAAAGUUAUCCCAGUAAAGCCCCUGCCAGUCCAGACGUGAUUAAUUAUCACCAUGAAUCCAGCGAAGAACAGGCUCAUGAUUUCACUGCUUGGUCUAAUAAAAUGAAAGGAAAGGUCGGUGAGCAGAAGCAGUUUGAUCAGCACAGUGGUAACGUUGCUAAAAAAGUUGACAUGUCUUGUACAAAUUGCGGGACUAUGACAACGACAAUAUGGCGGCGAAAUAUGAAGGGAGAAAUGGUCUGUAAUGCUUGUGGGUUGUACUAUAAACUCCAUGGAGUUAAUCGCCCUGUUACAAUGCGAAGGGACACUAUUCAUACGCGUAGACGCAGGCCGAAAGGCGAAAAACCAACAAGACACAGAAAAAAAGGAGAUGGAAAUUCAUCACAGCCCGAGCAGAUGGAUGCGGAAAGUGCAGACAUGUUAGCAGCUCUCCGCAGGCAGAUUCAGCCUCACCUUAUGAUGGCAGCAUUGACUCCUCCUCGUAUACCAGGAACUCAUGCUCCACCUUCUUCCACCCCCCAACUCAACUACCCGCUUCCCCUUCCUGGGUAUAUGAUGCAUCAUUUGAAGAGCGAAGUGAUGGAACAGCAACGCAACAUUACAGAAGAAGCAGAUGAAGGCGAUGAAGAAAACGUCUCGGACGUACCACUGAAUCUAGUUGCUACGUCACUGUCGGUAGAUGCCCAGUGAGAGUUUCGUCUUGUUCACGAGAAGCGUAAAUAUAUAAUAUAAUAUGUAACUAAGAAUCUCUGCACAGACAUAGAUCUGUCCGGUGACACACAGGGUGUUAGCGGCAUGCUCUCUACAAGAUAUCAAGUAAUGAAUUACCUAUAUGAAAAAAGAAAAGAUGAAACAGGGAAUCGAAAUAUUACACAGUAUUCCCAAAGCUGUGUGGCCUGGGGAACAAAACGCAAAUAAAUGAUGAUAUUAAUUCGCAGUAUUACCCUAAUUAUGAGAAGUUAUACGAAUUGUACAUAUGAAAACGAGAAAAUAUUUUUAUACUAAAUUUUCUAUGCUUGCAAGUGGUGAUAUAACGAUUGUAUAUACAAACUGUUUUUUGAUGUUGUGAAGUUCUUACAUAGAUAGAAGAAGCCUGUUUUUUAAUCAAUUAAUUAGUCGUAAUCGAAGUUAAGUUGACGGUAAAAAUGUGGUGCUGGAAUUACUGUUCAAGGUUUCCAAAAAAUUGAGAAGACGGAAAAAGAGAGAAAAGAACAAUUUAAAAAAGAUUCUUUGCGCUUGUUUUUGAUCAAAUGAUUAGUGAUCACUUUCUUGGUUGCCUUAAGCUCACUAAUUGGGUCAUAAACUAGCUCUUAAUCGAAUUGUUCCCUGGGCCAUUAGCUCUUUGACAACAUAAGCAAUCAUAAUACUCCAUUAAGUUAUAUAAUUUUAAGCCUUUUGCGAAUGACCCAGUUAAACUUUACUAGUGAUUAAAAUUUUAAUUUUUUUUUCUUUAUUUUUUUUUUAAUCAUGAACAAAUGUAUACUUUUAGGACACAAAAAAUUUACAAAGGGUAACAAAAAAUGUUGGUAGCGGGAAAGUUACCUUGCGUAUUAAUCGACGGUUAAUUGCUAAGACCUUAGUAUACUCACUAACUUAAAGUAAAGUAUUUUUUAUUUCGUGUAGGAAUGUGAUGCCAGUAUCGUCUUAAUUACUGUAUUUUACUGCUUUUUUUUAGUUUCUCUACGUUUUUUUCGCAUUUUUUUUCUUCCUAUUAAAAAUCAUGGACAAUUUACUUACGGUAUAUUAUGAUUAAUAAUGUCUAGAGGUUGUAGAUUCUUUUCGAUACGUUUAACUUGUUUAAACACAGUGAAGUAAUACUCUUACCGAUUAUAUACGAGCCGUCAAAAUGAACAGUAUCGUUACAAAAAAUUUUAAAAUAAGGACACAAACUAGUACUUAAAAGGUUUAAAAGCGUCACUACGUAAUCUAAUUAUCCAAAAGCAAUAACGGAUCUGAUUAGAAUUACUUACAUUGGUCAUUUCGUAAUAAUACUCGUGAAACGUCGCGAUGACUUUCUUAGCCCUUGACUUGCAGGAAUUUCAGGAAAUACGUAGGUAACGUUCUCCACUUAAUGCCGGAUUUUAAGAAUAAUGAACAUCACCGCUUUCACGCUACUGCUGCCAAUUAUACGACCACUUCCAAGUUUCAUGCAAAGACUUCCAGAUAGGUUUUGGUUGCCUCCAGGGAAUGCCCGCGAUUGUAAAUUAUUAUUAAACCUCGGAUAUUCGAAAGUUUUUAACUAAUAAUGUAUCAAAUUCUGAACUUACUAAAGUAACCCAGUGUUCCCUGGUUGUCUAGUAACUAAUAAAUGAAGAAUUUCAUUGUAAGCAUUUUCAUUUUUUAACAAAGCACUUGAGAGAUGCAGAAGGAAUCGUUGAUAAACAUAUUCCAGAUUGUACAGAUAACUGAUGUUGAUAAAACACAAAGAUAAGCAGCCUUAAAUAGUGCAUAAUAUUGUGGCCAGUGCAUCUACUCGCGUAUUGUUAUACUUAAUGUUGUAUACCUAAAUAACUUUGCCAAAAAUAGAUUUAGUUUUGUAACAUAGAAUAUAGUUAAGGGCAUAAAAAUUUUAUGUAUUUUCUUUUUCACAUCGCGUCAUUGUAUUUUGUUUUUUUAUUUUAUUUAAAUAAUUUAAUUUUUUUUCUACUUCUCUCUUUCUCUCUCUCUCUCUCUCUCUCACUCUCUCACUCUCUCUAACUGUUUCUCACCAACAACUCAUAUCGGCGGAAGUUUUUGACACACUGGAAAUUUAGUAUUGGCAGCAGCUGCCUAGUGGCUUAGCAUUAUACAUACAUAUAUUUGUUAUUCAAGAAGCCUUAUAAACACACGUGUAUAGAUUAUAGAUAUAUAUUAUACAAAAUAUAUAUUAUUCUAUAUUACUAUAUAUAUAAAUGAUAAUUAGCUAAGCGAUAGGGACAGUAUAGGGUAGCGGCAUAGUUAGGAACGGAUGAUCCAUGCAUGAGUUAUUAGACGAGUAUAUUUUCCACUGUGAUCUGAAUUUCAAACUUUGCUACUUCCACAAUAAGUAAUAUGUUAUCAAGUUCAUAAAAGCAGUGCAUUCAAUUUAUUCGAAGAUACGUUAUAUCUUUUCGGCAUUUUGAAACUGGCUUUAAGGUCUCAAUUACCUUAAUGAAUUUGUUUUUAUAUCUAUGUCACUUCACAAAUGUUUAAAACGAAAGACAAUUGAAUCUCUAAAAUGAAUAAAUAAAUUGACUACAAGUUCGAAUAUAUUUACAGAUGGACUGUUUCAAGUCAUGUUAGUAUAAAAAUCGUAGUCCACAAGGUUUAUAUACUUUAAAAUUUCACGAAGGUAUAAUCGACUUGAGCAAGGAAAUUCUUUAUGAAUUCACUAGGCUGCAUAAAGGUGUUGCACCACCGAUCGUGUUCGAUAUUUUCAUCGUUGUCACAUAGAAUGAAUUUAAAAAAAAAACAAAUAAAAAAUAACUCACGUAGUAUCGAAAAAAAUACUUAGGUGCAGAGUCCAGAAUUGAAUUUUGAACUUGAAAGCACAUGUAACUCGACUCGUCGGCAGGAUUAUUUAAAUUCAUGUAUAUUGUAGUAUACUAUGUAUACAUGGUCAAUUCUUUGAAGGUAUUUUUUUGAUCUGAAAAAAAAAUAUUCGAACGACCACUUUCUACUACUAAUAUACUACUUCUACUACUCUACCCUGAGUUAAUAAUAAAUAACCGCACGUAACGCAGCUAUACAUAAUAUAAAGCGGACAGUUUUCGUUAGGCAUUUUUAGACAUGUCUCUGCAGUUGGCAGAAUAAAUUCAUGAUACAUGAUUAUUAUUAUUGUCAAUAUUAUUAUUAUUAUUAUUACUAUUAUACAUAUGUAGAUUAGUUUUGAGCUCUCUACUAAUACUGAAGCUGAAGUUAUUCUUUGUAACUAUACAUUGAUUGAGUAUUGCUAUUUUAUUAAUUAUAUUAAUUAAUUAAUGGUUAACUAUAGCGUAUUCUAACAUUAUUAUUACUAUCAUUAAUUAGUAACAAGUCUGCUAUGGUUUUGACAAUUUGGUUCAGGUAGUCGAGGCUUUUUUUAAUAGGUUUCUAUAUCAGUAUUCCACUCCUUUAAUUUAAAUACUUUUAAGUUUUUCGUUUUUUUUUUCUUUUUUAUGUUGACACUACUUAAAAGGGUCACCUACGAAUCAUUACUUAAUUAUUAAAUUAUUUAGUUUUUUACAUUUAUUUGUACAACCCUAAUUAUUAUUUAAGUGGUAAAUUAUUACUUUUUAUUUGCACCAACGUUUGCAUAACAUUUGGCAGCGACUGGCUUAAUUUAUUCUACAUUAUAUUUUAUACAUGAUUAAUUGUUUGUUUUUUUUCAAUCAGUCGAUUCAUAUAUGUAGCCUAUUGCGUUAAUGGUCCUUGCAUACAAGUUCUUGAUGAUACUAUUUGCCACAUGAUAUAGAUGGUAAUGCGGUAAUGCUGUGAGUACAACACUUAAAGAGAUGGGCCAGAAUAGUUCUAACACUAGAUUGAACAUCUUAUUUCAUAAUCGUAUCAUUUUUUCAAUUAAAGUGUACUUGAUCUCACACUUGUAAGACAAUAGUUAUUUUCGUGGCAGGUGACUAUGCCCACAUGUCACAAAUUCUAUUUUCUGCACUAUGUCCUUUCAAAUACGAGAAUAUUCUGUAGUUUUUAUAAGCACUGGUGCUCAUAAAAACUACAAAGUAGUCGAGCUGUUGACGGAGGUAGCGUAGAAAAAUGUAUACAGAAAAGCCUUUUACCAAUUCUAUUAAUAUGAUGUUUUUAAAAACUUGGUAAUGAUAUCAUCCGUUUUUUUUUUUUUUUUUAAUAAAUUAUUAUUCAUAUUUAUAAAAAUAAAUUCUAGAAUGAAGCACUUACGAAGUGGUAAUGUGCACUUGUGAGCUGGCAAUGGAGAAUAAACCCCAAUUACGUUGUAAAACACCUUACUUUUCUAUUGUGAAAAAUACACAACCCCAUAAAUUAUUUGCAUAUGCAUAAUACUCAAGAAGAAACUUAUAAUUGCUUGAAAAUUGGCUUUUUACUAUAAAUUUAGAUCAUUCGUCCCAUUUAUUUGUCGGAAUAAGUAAUAUGCUAUGAUUCUAUUUCGUGAUCAUUCAAAGAUUUCAAAUUGAAUGACGAAAGUUGGGUCCAUAAGUAGCGUGUGCCAAAAGUGAUGAUACUGUGUAUCCCUAUUUGACAAAAAAAAAAAACAAAAAAAAAACAAUGAAAUGAAAAAUAUAAAAAAAUGAGUCAAUGAAUGAAUUUACAAAACAGAAAUGAAGACAGUGAACAAUCACCCUCUGCUGAUAUCACAUACAAUUUUCCAAGUCUGAAUAGACAUUACCACUUGAACUUUGAAUCUUAGUUUUGCAUUGAAAUUUGCUGGCUAUACCUGUAGUAUGUUCUAUCCAUCUCUGUAAUGUACAUGAGUUACCGUUUGCAUAUUCUUGCAUAUGACAUAAACACUCAUACUGAAUUUUGUUUAAUUCUCACACGAGUAUUAAUCCAAACUAAUUGACUGAGUAUUAUUUUUUAUAAUAAAGUAUAAUAAUGAUGAUGAUGAUGAUGAUGAUGAUGAUGAUAAUAAUAAUAAUAAUAAUACUAACACGUCACAAAAUUAUUGAAAUUUGAGUAAAGCAUGAAGAGAUAGUAAUGAAUGAGUACAGAAGUAUGAAAUGAAUAAUGAAAUACCUAAUAAACAUGACAAACUGUAAGAAGAACAUGGUAUCAUAACGUAGUAUUACGUGUUUGUUCUUCUUAAAUGGAGAAAGAUCAAUAUACUGUUAGUGCCCUGGCAUAUUUUGUAUACAAUGCUGUGGUGGUGUUAAAAUUGGCUGAAGACUAACUUACGAAGUGGAAAUAUAUUGUAAUACAUAUACAUAAAAAGUAAUAAUAUGUAAAAGCAAGUUAGUUUUGUAUUCUAAACUGUAAUAAGUUAGUUUGGGCUAAUGCCAGCAGCUGUUGAGAUUACUCAAGGUUGUGUGUAUCAUUAUAAGUAUUUUGAAUUGUUGAAUAGUAAUAUAAUAAUAGUAAGCAGAGAGCACAGGGCGCGGUAAUCAUCCCCCCUCUCCCCCCUAGAGAACGUAACCCUAGGGUAAUAGAUAACUGAUACUAUGCCCUGUGGUUGGUAGUAUUUCUGAUCCAAAUUUUGUCAUAAUUAUAUCAUACAUGAAUGAUUUACUCUAUUUAAUCGAUAUAUUUUGUUUUGCCCGUGUUUUUAUAUUUUAUUAUUAUUAUUAUUAUUAUUAUUAUUACUAUUAUUAUUCCUAUACAUAAUGUUGUGACAAGAUAAGUUUUGAUUUUUUUUUUACAUUUCUUUUCUCUUUCUAAUUUAUGAUAGAAACCUCCCAUGACAGGUGUACCUAAUUUAUAUACUUAUAUUAUGGGUUUACGAAUGACAAAAAUCAUGUUUUUGUAUUAUAAUGGUAGGUGAUAUAACGAUGUUAGAGAUUUUAAGCUAUUUAUUCGGCUACUAUGUGAUUUAUUAAAAUUUAUUUUU